AUGGAUGUCCCUGAGCCCGAUCAGUCGCCGUUCAUGGCCGUGUCUGCGCACACAUCUAAACUGACUCGACACUACCAAGCCUACCUCGAUGCCUCGACCCCCUACACAACUUACCGCUGGGUUGGUUCUGGCGUCCUCCUGUUCUUCUUCUUCCUGCGCAUUUUCAUCGCGCAGGGCUGGUAUAUCGUUGCCUACACACUCGGAAUCUAUCUCCUGAACCUCUUCCUCGCUUUCCUAACUCCCAAGUUCGACCCCUCUCUCACCCAGGACGAGGGUCUUGAGGACGGUGACGCGGGAUCCCCCAGCCUCCCCACUAAGAAGGACGAGGAGUUCCGGCCCUUCAUCCGCCGUCUGCCGGAGUUCAAGUUCUGGCACUCGGCCACUCGCGCCAUCGCCAUCGGCUUCGUUUGCUCUUGGCUGGCUAUCUUCGAUAUCCCCGUCUUCUGGCCGGUGCUUGUUGUUUACUGGAUCAUUCUGUUUGUGUUGACGAUGCGACGACAAAUCCAGCACAUGAUUAAGUACCGCUACGUGCCUUUCACCUUCGGAAAGACGCGCUACGGCCGCUCAUGA